AUGUCCCCUCAUCUUCUGUGGGCUUUAGUUUUCUGCACUUUGCACAUGGCAUCGUCUGUGGAGCUGCAGCCUGGCAUGCCAAACGUCUGUGCUGACCAGGAGAUGUCCAUGUUGGGGAGCCGCCAGCCGUGUGUCCAGGCUUUUACCCGCAUGGUCAAAGUAUGGAAACAGGGCUGCAACAGUCACAGCUGGUGUAUGGGCUAUGAGAGAAGGACAGCAUACUACACGGCGUACAGACAGGUGUACAGCAUGGAUGUGCACACGGUGUAUCGGUGCUGCCCAGGCUGGACUCAGAAGGGGGAGGAGGCGGGCUGUCUCCAUCGAGUUUGCAGUGCCAAUACGUGUUUUAACGGAGGCCGAUGUGCCGAGACCGGAGACCACAUAUGUCGGUGUCCACCAGGAUUUAAAGGGACGCGGUGUCAGUAUGAUGUGAAUGAAUGUGAGGUGAAUAACGGCGGCUGUGAGGGGUUCUGCUGCAACACCAUCGGGAGCUACUACUGCAAGUGUCCUGAAGGCAGUAAACUGGGGCCAGAUGGUCAAACAUGCCACGAUGUAAAUGAGUGUGAGGAGCUCAAUGGAGGAUGCCAGCAAACAUGUGUCAAUACCCUGGGCUCUUACCACUGUGAGUGCAGCGAAGGUUUCCGUAUGCACGCUGACGCUCGAACCUGCAUCGCCGUGAACUCCUGCUCGGUGUUAAAUGGAGGCUGUGAGCACAGAUGUGUGGAUACGGGGAACAACCACUACAAGUGUGAAUGCAGGAGGAACUACCAGCUGAAGAGAGACGGGAGACACUGUGAAUUGAUUGACCCCUGUCAGAAGCAGAAUGGAGGCUGCGCCCAGCUGUGCCACUCAGAGGACGUUCAGGUUCACUGCAGCUGCAGACCUGGUUUUACCCUGGCUUCAGAUGGCAGGAGCUGUGAAGACAUCGAUGAGUGCCUCUCCGGCCGUGAUAAGUGUUCCCACGGCUGCGUCAACAUGCUGGGCUCCUUCAGCUGUGUCUGCAAUCCUGGCUUUGAACUCGGCGCCGACGGCAAACAGUGCUACCGCAUUGAGAUGGAGAUUGUCAACAGUUGUGAGAAGAACAACGGAGGCUGCUCCCAUCACUGCGAGCACACAACCAACGGGCCGCUCUGCUCCUGUAACCACGGCUAUCGGCUGGACCGGGACAGGAAGACCUGUGUAGACAGUGAUGAGUGCAUCAGCGGGGAGUCGUGCUGCAGCCACUACUGUAAGAACUACCCGGGCGGCUACGAGUGCAGCUGCAGAGCCGGACACAGACUGAAUCCAGAUGGCUGCAGCUGUGAUGAUGUUGAUGAGUGCCUCACAGAGACCUCAGGCUGUGAACACUACUGUGUAAACUCUGUGGGAACAUACGAGUGUUUUUGCCAGAUGGGUUUCCGUCUUGGCCAGGACCAGCACUCCUGCAUCCCUCUGUAUGGCCGAGAAGUGGAAGACGAAGAAGAUGAAGAGGAGGAAGAGGAUGAGGACGGGCAGCUGGGGGUCCACAGACUACCAGACCUGCUGUUCCGUAAGCCCCCACAGCUCCUGCAGUUUACGGCAGCGCUGCACUACCGCGACUCUGGUGAUGACGGCAGUGUUGGCGAUGGUGAUGAUGGUGAUGAUGGUGAUGAAGAAUCAGAGACCCAGAGAGAGCGCCGAGGCGAGCUGAGGCUGGAAAGCAGCAUAGUGUGUCUGGACGGCUCGUUUGGGAAGGACUGCAGUCUGAGCUGUGAGGACUGUGUGAACGGAGAGUGCAGUGAAAACAGAGACCGAUGUGAAUGUUCACCUGGAUGGACCGGGAUCGUCUGCAAUGAGUCGUGUUCCCAGGGAACCUAUGGGCAGGCCUGUAACAGCCUGUGUCGAUGUCAGAAUGGAGGCUCGUGUGACCCCGUGACUGGGAAGUGUUUGUGCCCCCCUGGGGUUCAGGGCCUGCUCUGUGAGGAUGGUUGUCCGAGGGGUUAUUUUGGCCGGUUCUGUAGAAGGAAGUGUGACUGUCCAAACAACGGGCACUGUCAUCGUCUGUAUGGAGGCUGCCUCUGUUCUCCUGGACUGUAUGGACGCUUCUGCCACCUGCCGUGUCCCAGGUGGACGCACGGAGCCGGCUGUUCCAAGGAAUGUGACUGCGUUCAAGAACAUUCCUCUGGCUGUGACCCCAAAACAGGGAGCUGUUUCUGUAAGGCUGCAUACCACGGAGCACGCUGUGAGAAAGAGUGUGAGCCGGGUUUCUUUGGCGCAGGCUGUGAGCAGACAUGUGACUGUCCAGGUGGAGGGUCAUGUGACCCCAGGACUGGAGAGUGCAGCCAGCGAUGUCCCGCAGGCCUUCAUGGAGAAAAAUGUCAGCAUGCGUGUGUGAAUGGUACUUAUGGGCAGGGAUGCACGCAGCAGUGCCAGUGUCAGAACGGCGCCAUCUGUGACCACGUGAACGGAGCGUGCACCUGUGCACCCGGAUACCACGGGACGUACUGUGAACAAGGGUGCCCUCACGGCUUUUACGGUCCUGACUGUGGCCAGAUGUGCGAGUGCAGGAACGGUGCCCGCUGCCACCACAUCACAGGAUCCUGCCUAUGUACCGCCGGCUGGGCAGGACCACACUGCAUUCUGGCCUGUUCUGAGGGAUUCUUUGGCGAGGGCUGUGAGCGGCGUUGUGACUGCGUCCAUGGUGUGAGUUGCCACUGAGUGACGGGCCGCUGUGAGCGUGGGCCAGGCUGGAGAGAGGCCAGCUGUGACAAACCCUGCUUUCCGGGGCUCUGUGGAGCUUCCUGCACCUGAUGGCGUGCCUGCCAGGCCGGGGUGUCCUGUCACCACGAGACUGGCAGGUGUUGGUGCCCUGCUGGGCUCACGGGGCCCAGCUGAGGGAAAAUGUGUCCUGUUGGCACGUUUGGAGUGAACUGCAGCCAGCUCUGUGAAUGUUCAGGUGACCAGGCCCAGUGCCAUCCUGUGACGGGGAAAUGCAGCUGUUUACCGGGCUACUACGGCACCCGCUGUCAGCUGCGAUGUCGAGCGGGGACUUUUGGACCAAACUGUAAGUCCAGAUGCAGCUGCAUCAACGGUGGUCGCUGUGACUUCAGGACGGGGGCGUGUUACUGUCCUCCUGGAUUUAUUGGAGCAAACUGCAGCUCAAGUUGUCCAAGUGGGUACUAUGGGAAGGACUGUGCAAAGCGGUGCUCCUGUGGAGAAGUAGGGCAGUGCCACAGAGUAACAGGGAAGUGUAUCUGCAGCCCUGGACGGAUGGGACCGUCCUGCCAACAAGCAUGUCCUAGGGGGCGCUAUGGCCUGCAGUGCAGACACACCUGCAACUGUCAGAAUGGGGGUCAGUGCGACCCUGUUGAUGGGUCCUGCCACUGUGGACUGGGCUGGACCGGAACUCACUGUGACGAAGCCUGCCCAAUGGGAAGAUAUGGGACUGACUGUGCACACGACUGUCCCUGCCUCAACAACGGGAGCUGUGACCGUUUCACCGGCGCCUGCAGCUGCACUGCUGGAUAUUACGGCCACUCCUGUCAACACAGUUGUCCUUCUGGGUUCUUUGGAGUGAAAUGUGCCCAAACGUGUGAAUGCAAAGUGGGACAAAAAUGUGACCAUGAAACAGGCCAAUGUUUGUGUCCACCAGGCUACCAUGGCCCUGAAUGCCAAAAAAGGUGUGAUGCUGGUAGAUUUGGAUUGGGCUGUGAACAAUCAUGUGACUGUGCCAGUGAGGCCCCAUGUGAGCCGGCGUCGGGGCGAUGCCUCUGUCCUCCAGGAAGGACGGGACAGAGAUGUGAAAAAGACUGCGGAGGAGACCACUUCGGCCCUGACUGCUCCCUGCAGUGCCGCUGCUCCCACGGGGCCCAUUGUGACGGGAUCAACGGACGAUGUCUGUGCUCACUCACCUGGUUGGGCACCACCUGCAGUGAAGCAGCCGGCUUGCUGAACUCCUCGAGAAAACGAAGAGCGGGCGGCAAAACCACAUAACCCGAGCCGAGGUGCAGACUGGGGACUGGACGUUUAAACGCCAGGGGUUUUGCUCUGUGGGGCUUUUACUCAGAUCAUCUCUGUAAAGGUGAUGUUUGGUAUACAAUGUUUUUGUGGAAGUGGAGCCCAGCUGUCAGAGACCGGAGCUCCAUCAACAAGCCUGGAGUUGGAGAUCUUCACCCAGGACAUGGACCUAAUACACGGGAUCCCUAAGAGGACCAUAAAGGCCAUAGAUGCAGUCGGCAUCAAGGGGGAUGCCCAGGAAACGUCACAUCUGCUUCAAACCAUCAAUCAAAUGGAGUCAUUACUGUUGCAAAACUCAGUGCAUUUUAGUGCAUUUUUGAGAGCAUGUCUUACAGAUUUUGGUCUCAGAUUUUUCAUCAAACUUUUCAUUCAAACCUGCCUUUGUGCUCUGAACUGCCUCCUUCCUAAUUUUCUGUUUUGUAACAAUAAUGACUCCAUACAUCAACCCAAAAGCCGAAGAGCUGCUGUGUGGCCUUCUGCACUACAAAUAAGGGCUGAUUAUUUUGAUCAACAUUGAGAUCACGACUAUCACAAUUAUUUAUUGAUUUCAAGUACUGCUUUGCAUUGUUUAGGGUUUAUUUUUAAAACCAUAUAUCCGGCUACACAUCUGUUACUAGGGCUGGAAUAGGAAAAGUGAACUAAUUGUAUAUUUUUGUCCCAUAUUUGCCACUUGGUCAAA